CCCCCCCCCCUGGCGUCUGCCCCUCUCGCCACCCUUGCCAUCCCACCCAUGCCCCUUGCUAGCCGUUAGCUUCCCCUCCCACUCCGGCCCGUCCUCCCCCCUCUCCUCCGCAGCCCCCAAUGCCUCCUCCCCAGGCAGACCCCGGCAGUGCCUGGACCACGGUGUCGUCGCGCCGCCGCAAAGGCACCACCACAACCACUACAACCACAACCAACACCACCACCACCACCACCUCAUCCUCCUCCUCCUCCUCCUACCAACCACCCAACAAACAAGAAACUGGCGUUCCGGCCGCCGCCGCCCCCAUCACCAUGCCUCCCCCCGACGACCUCGAAGCCGCCGUGGACGAAAUCUCGGCCACGUACACCCACAUCCGCGACCGCUGGCUCGCCGGCCCCGCCUACGCCGCGCUCCGCAGCCUGAUCCGGUCUGCGGCGCCGUCGCACGCGCCCGUCACGGCCGCCGUCUGCCUCGGAAACGGGCCCCUGCACGCCCCGGACUCCAACUGGGACCGCCGCCGCAGCGCCCACGUGCAGACGGCCGCGCUGCUGGCCCUGAUCGACCUGCUCUCCGAGCCCGAGGAGGCGACGCCGCCCCCGCCCCAGCCCGCCCAAAAGAUCCGCUGCGUCUUCCAGGAGCCCGAGUACACGCCCGCCGACGUGGCCUUCAUCGAGCGCAUGGGCCACGUCGUCGUCGAGGACCCGGCCGCCUUCGACAUGGUGUCCGAGUCGGGCCUGCUCUGGGGCGUGCACAUGUACCACGAGGUCUACAGCCGUGCCCUCGGCGGCGCCCAGCCCGCCAUGUUUGUCGGCACAAAGUGGACCACGUGGGACGAGGUGCCCGACGACGACGGCACCAUCAAGGACUCGCUCGCCAAGGUCGCCCGGAUACACCAGACCUACGACAUGCUCGAGUUCCCGCCCGACGAGGCCUCCUUCUCUUUUGGUGACACGUGCAUCUACUGGAGAAAGGCGGCCACGGCCGCAACCCGCCGCUGAUUCACGUUUUAAAAAAAACAACCUCUGAACGAUACCCACGCUUGCCACGCUCAUGAACGCUGUCUCUAUUUUCACUUUAAGCUUGGCAUUCUCCCUCUCCCUAAUCUAUUAAUCCAUGUGCCGAGGAGCGAGUGCAGCUGCAGCUGCAGUUGCCCUCUGCUCCCUGUCCAAGAUGUAGUAUUUUCACCUGGGUAUUGAAAGACUGUCGAACUUUCAGGGGCUCCUACUGUCGAAAGCAAGGUUGGGCUUGGUCGUUUGUCGCCGCCAUCUAGCAAGAUUUCCAGCAAAUAAGAACUGUCCUGGCAGCAUCAGCCCAGAGCAUGCGUCACGGCUUCUGCCCACUCCUUGACCGCCGCGUCGGCGCUUCUGUCUUUGGCUAUGCGUGCCCAGCUCGCGCCACCCAGGUCCUUGACCACGGGCUUGAGGCCCUCCACCUUGGCCAGGGUGCCAAGCGCCACCAGAGCCCGGACCACCGUCGACGCAUCGUUGUUGUUCUGGAGCACCUCGCCCAGGCAGUUGACGAGGAGCGAGAGCCCCUCGGUGGGGAGCUCCGUCUUGCCGCCCUUGGCCGCCUGGCUCCACGCUAGCACGGCGUAGUUGAGCGCCACCGAACUCAGGGCGAUGGAGAGGUUUCGGUUGUUGGGACCGACCGGCCCCUUGAAAGGCUCGGCCUCGAUGCCGAGGAUGGCCUCCAUAGUGGACACGACCCGCGCAAAGACGGCCACGGCGAGCUGGCGGCCCUGCUCCGUGGCGAAUAUGUUGGUGAUGGCACGCAUGGCCAUGAAUGCAGACGCCUCGUUGACCGGUGCCCCAGCCGGGGUCUCGAAAGCCCCCGUCAGCACGGCGUCGAGGAAGUUACCGUGUGCAUUGUGGCUGUAUGUUGCCGCCGCCUCCGACACGGCCAGGCAGCGGAGCAGAUCCAGGCUGGGCAGCCGUGUGCUAUACUGCCAGUUGACCGCCAUCUUCAUCACCAGCCCGAUCUGCUGCGAAGAGACUUCAAACUCCGCUGGCUUCUUGGCCGCUGACGGAGAAACCUUGGUUGGUGCUGACGUCAGGGCCGCCUGAAGCUCUCUGGCCAAAGACUGCAAAGAAGACACCUCUGUGGGGUUCAGGGCAAACUCCUUGUCCCCAAUUUUGACGAGGUCGGCAUUCAAAGACAGGAUCUUCUUGAGUAAUGCUAUAGUCGUUUGGUGGCAUGUUAGAUCACCGCAGUGGCAAGGGGAACCAUGACCACUUACGCUCCGAGUUUAGUGUCGGGAUCAGCACAAAGUCUGUGCUGGGUAGAACCUGUUUUGGCGCACUCGCGGUUGGCGGUGCCGAGCUCUGAGCACCGCCUGAAAAAUCGGCAUUCUCGAGCUUCUGGCCGCCAGAUUCCCUGACAACGAACUGAGCCACCUGCUCCAAAUAACUAAUGGGUAGCUCGUUCUUUUCUAGAAACCUCCUGGCUGCGUCAUACGGGUUCUCGUUGGCGUUGUAUGGCAGAGAUAGUGUGGGUUUGCCGUCUUCGAUGUCGACCUGGAACACAAAGUCCCACUCCUUGCCGUCGUACUGCUUCUUCUUGUCGGAGCUCCCUGGGGAGUCGACGACGGCACCGUAGAGUUCCCAUUUUUGUUGCGCUAAAAACGAGCGCUAGUCAGCAAACGGCCGCAACCAUAAAGGCGGCAUGGCAUGACUUACCAACCGACCACAUGUGGGCGUCAAGUCCGCCAUCCGGGUUCUUGAUCACCUGUAUCUGGCCGUCCUUCUUGCCUACGUUGGUCGUGAGGAAUUCUGGCCCGGGGAAGGCCUGGUUCUGGAGGUCGCCUGACAUGGUCUCCUUGGGGAUGGCCAUGCCCCUCAGCGUCUCGUCAAACUG